AGUAGGUCUGAGUAUUUAUAAACAUGGCGGUAGCAGCCAAAUACUUUCAGGCACAGAGGUCUUUGUUGAAUGAGUUUAGAAGGAGUUAAUCAACAUCAGCUGAUGGUGGAUUUUGGUCCAAUGGAGUCUCCUUUUCUUCCAUGGAUGGACAUCCCCGAUAGUUUAUUACUUCAUAUUUUAUCUUUCCUUCCUCCUAAAGACGUUGUAAUAGCCAGCAGAGUCUGUACAAAGUGGCAUAGGACAGCCACGGACGAAAUGCUUUGGAAAGAACUUUUUACCUUUUUUUUUGGUUCCACGGGUACAACGGGCAAGUGUUUCAAGCUCCCUUCAUUUUCAAGUUCGUGGCUUCAGGAAUUCCAGCGAUUGUACAGCGAAACUCCCUUGAUUGAGACUCAGGUACUUGAAGGUCACAGCGACGAAGUCCUUCAUGUAGCUUUUUCUCACGAUGGCAAACUGUUUGCAUCAAGUUCCAAAGACUGCUUGGCAAUUAUUUGGGAGAUAAUUGACGGCGAAGUAAAAGUCAAGCGAACUUUAGACUUCAGGAAGUACAGGUGGGAGUAUGUUCAGUUCUGCGAGUUCAGCAAAGAUGAUACUCUUCUUCUUGUUUCUGGGAUUAACGAGAGAAGAAGGCUCAAUUUCAUGGGUGAGAUCACAAUCUGUUCCAUCGACGGCAAAGACGAUCAGACCAUCCUACAUAACGUCAUAAGCGAGCCCUACGACGUCUUUGGAGCAUGGCUUUCAGAAACUCACUUCAUCUCGGGAUCCUUUGAAUUCCGAGUCCCCUUCUAUGACUCGUCUGUCUCGGAAUUAUGGGCCAACUCAAUACAUGGUCGUAACCCUGUGCGACUCUGUCGUGUGUUGAACGAAAAUGGAAGCUCUGUUCGUAACGUCCUUGUAGCAAAACCCGCAUUUUUAAAGGAAAACGAGCUGCUAUUAAUCUUCACACACGGUGUGGUCACGUAUAUUCCUCAUCAAAUCGUCAUUAAUAAAAUAACAACCGAAAAAGACAAUGAUACGUUCCGAAUACUACCACAGAGUAAUAUCGGUAACAAAAAUCGUGUUUCCGAGAAAUUCCGACUAAGUAUCGAUCCAGAUUCCGAUUCCGACGAUGAUGCCGAAGAUGUAAGAUUCACAGAACCCGACCAUCUGAUAGAGACGAAUGCUCAUAUCAUAGGAGUAGGAUUAGCCCCUGACCAGGACAUGCUGUAUGUGAAUUGUCGACCCUGGAUUGGUGAGAGGAAGGCAGUCCAGCAACGUGCUGCCCAAUGGGGUAUUCACGAGGAAUUUGAAAUUUCAAGUGAUAUUCAUACAAGAGUGUACAGUUUGUCGAGCUUAGAACUUUUAAAAGAACAUGUUGGACACAGAGCGUUCACUCCAAACGACAAAUGUUUUUUUAUCUUUCUUGACGUCGCAGACAAACUUGUGGCAAGCGGUGCGGAGGAUUGCUGUGCACAUGUUUGGGACCGCCAUUAUGGCUUCAAGUUAGCGACCCUCGAAGGACACUCAGAUGUAGUGAACUGUGUGGCUUUUAAUCCUCAAAAUCCAGAGAUGCUGAUCAGUGCAAGUGAUGAUCAAACACUAAGAGUAUGGAAAUCGCGAAGAAAAGCUAAGUAAUAUUCAUUCUGUUCUAUGGAAUUACUCUUUAAACAUAUGGAAUGACAUUUUAGUGAAUACCAGUAGAGAUGGAAAAAAUGAAAAACUAAAAAAUGCUCCUGAAAUCUUCGUGUUUGUGUUCCUUAUUCGUUGAAGCGAACCGACGUGUCCGGAUUUGCUUUUAUUAAGAUGGAAAAGAAUUGUUACAGAUAGUACCAAUUGUCUUGGAUGCAAUCAACUGAUAAGGACUUAUGACUUGAAGACGACGAGGAAAAUGUUGCUUUGCUUGCUAAUAAGCAUUUUAGUACUUUAUAUAAUCUAAACAUGUGUAGCCUGAGUUAACAAACAAUACAGGACAAGAAUAAUGGGGCAUCUGCAUUAGAUUUACAAUGGAAAAAAAGUGGUUAUGUUUAAGUCCGAACCCCACCCCACAACCCGACAGGUAUUUUUGACUUUGCCAACACUUUGUCCAACACUUCUGAUUUUAAGUCGGCAAGCAGCUAAUCUUACUCCAGCUGGAUCCAUCAGAUUUGCAUUCGAAGUUAGCUUCUUAAUAGAGACCAAUAUCGUCCCCAGACCCUGCUUUUCUCUCGGUCAGUUCCUCAUUGACAUGGAACAAACUUGAACACGCAUGCGCACUUAGAAAUUUCUGAAAUUAAUUGAUUUAAAAGUUCAACGAAGAAAAUCCUUUAUUUAAAAAUAAGGCUGGUUUUAAAGAUUAUUUUAUUGAUUGAUUAUGACAUUAGGACCAUCCCUCCAGACCUAGUGCUGAAGCGCAGUAUGGCAGCGCGAAGCAUUUACGGCUAUGCCGGAGAUUUCGGCCCCGAAACCGCUAUCCCUGGAUUUACAGACUGAUCAGGAAGCUCGGCCGAAGCCUAAGGGAGAGGUUAGUCGGCCCCUAGGCCGUAGAUGAUUAACCCCUUGCUAUGACCAGCAGACCCAAUUUGUAGUCCGUCUCCUGAAUGGCUAAGAACUCACAGUCUCUACCUUCCAUGUGGGACCCGUUUUGAAAAACUAGCGGUCACAUAUUCACCCCAAAAAUUGAUGUAAAAAUCAACAUUGACCUCAUGUAAUUCAUAUGGCAUUGUGCUCGCCUGUCUCGGGUACUCACAGAAUCAAUGUAUUUUAGAAAAUCCGAUUUUGAGACUAUUUGUUUGUCGUUACUAUGGUAACGGUGUUUUGUCUAAACCUCACAUCGUUGCAACCUUUCAUUGGCCAACAUCUAGUAUUAAAAUCUAAUCAAUCUUGCAAGGAAACGGCUGAUUAUUUGCCGACUUCAAAUCAGAAGUGUGGUCAGAAAAACUACUGAAACAACGUUGGGAGACGUUGGAAUAAAUGUGUCGUUUGAAGUUUGAAAUUUUAAUGUCCUGUACUGUAGUUUUAUUGGAAGGUAGUGAGUUACACGUAGACACCUAUAGAUAUAACGUGAAACUAGRGCAUUUUUGAUGCUUGAAAUGUAUUAAAAAAUUUAGACGAAAA